UGAUCCAUUUUAUAAAUUAUACCCUCGUUUUGUUCCAUUUCCUGUGGAUUCUCGAGAAGAGAAGAGAAGGUUUAACAAUGGAGGCUCCGUCUUCAGCCGUAGCUCCUUUGCUGCUGAGGAAUCUGCUGAUUACAGCGUUAAUCUACGCCGAAAAACCCCUCGUUUACUUGUACCAUAGGUCCAAAUUUCUGGAAUUGAUUCGUCAUUUCCUUAUCUCUCUGCUGCUCUUCUUCCUGAACCUGUUGCCGUCUCUGUUCUCCUCUUUCACGGCUUCCCCGGAAUUCCAGAGCUACAGUUUGAAUCCGGCGAGCGACGAUAAUUCUUCCGGCGCCGCCGCAGCCGGCCGUGGAGAGGGCGGGAGCGGUGUUUCCCGGGCGCUAUCUCAGCUAUUGUUGUUGAUGAACGAGAUCCCAGUCAGUUCGCGGAAGUACGAAUUGGUAAGGUCUUUGAUCGAGAAGCUUCUCCACGAGAAUUUGGCGGAGGAUAGUCCGCCGUUGACGGCGGUUAAUUGUGCCGUGCUCUCGGCGGCUUUCUCGAGGACGCUGAGCCAGCUCCAAUUUGCAGUGGCUGAGCAUUUCAGUAGCGGCGCAGAAUCGGCGGCUCUGCUCCGGGAGAGUGGGCCGCGCCGAUUGCUGAAGGGGGUUAGCAGUUUUUGGCGCGCAGCCGUGCCGGGGAGCGAGAUGAGCCGGUUCGCGAACUCCGGCGAUAAGCUGUCUAUGGAGCUACUGUGGCUGGCUCAGAAGAUGGCGGCUUCUGGCUGCGCUGAAGAGGCUGUUUUGGGGUGGGCUUCGGCUUCGAAAUUGGCUCGGCUUGCUCUGUCCGCUGAGCCUCGGCUUCAAGGGUCCAUAGUUAAGGUCUCAGCAUUCUUGAUUGGGCAAGCAAAGGACAUUGGCAAGGAGCCAGAAGAUGGAGCUAUAAGAGAGACCAAUAUGAAGAUGCUUGUAUCCUGGUUGCCGCUGCUGUGCCGUGCGCACAACGGCAUCGAUGCUCCGAUUCUAAGCGUGGCGGAGAGGGCAGAGCUAGAGAAGACAUUGGAAGAGAUGAUCUCAUCUUUAGAGGAGGAUGAACAGGAAGUGGUGCUCUCUCAGUGGCUUCAUCAUUUCACCUGCUCGCCUGCCUCCGACUGGCCGAACUUGCGCACUUGCUACACUCAGUGGUAUAAUGCUUCCCGCUCUCGGCUCUUAGCUGCUUCGACUCCAGCAAGCCGAAGGAUCUUAUGUUAAAUUUUGCUUCAAAAAGCAUAUUCAUGCACUUCUCCAAACACAAUGCAUGGCUCGAGGAGUUAAAGGUACCCUAUAGUGUAGAAAUUGGCUUGCCGUUGUCGUAUGUUAUUGAUGUAAAUAAUACAUGUCUUAUAUACAAAGUAGAAAAUCAAUACCUUAUGAGACCAGUACUUAUAUAUAAUUAUUUCACUGUUUUUUCUUUUAGUGUAAUGCUUAGUUUUAUAUAAAUUCGAAACUUACACUGCAAUUGUGAUGUUAUGGGUACUUUCUG